AUGCACUACCACAGCACAGGGGAACUGCUUCUUUUAUUUGCGUCGCUUCUGAAAAUUGUCGCAGCACUUACCGUGACCGAGGACACGACCCUUACUGGCGACCAAACCUUUAGCGAGGCCGUAACCAUCGAGGACGGCGCCACCUUAACACUGAAAGAAGGUUCUGUUUACAAGUUUGAGAACGACCUGAGCGUUCAUGGCGGUCUUGUCUUAGACAAUCGCAAUGUUGACGGCACUGUCUCUUUCAACAGGGAGAGUUCCCUAAACGUUACUGGGUCCUUCGAAUUGGCCGUUUCAAACGAUGUUGAUAUGUUCUUCACUAGCUUCUAUAACUCCGGAUCAAUUUACGUCAAAGGUUCCGCAGUGGUUCAGCCCGCCGUCACUUUCGAAGGUUUGGAAGUUUUUAUCAACGAUGGUACUAUCGACGCAGGGAGUCUUGACGAAGGACCUGCACAUUCAGCUAUUGCUUUUGGUGACGCUUUUGACCCAAAAAAAACACCAUUCAUCAACAAUGGGAAGGUGGUCGUAAGUGGGACAGAAAAAUUCAUCGAAGGCAACGUUGUUUACUUGCUUGCAGGGAACGCGGUAAGUUUUUAUGCCCCCGUCGAGGGGACUGGAAGUGUGGAGGUGACCAACUCAUAUAUUGGUCUAAAUGCUGAAACAAAAUGCCGGCGGCCCUGA